CUUUUGGACGCAGAAUCAACACUUUUGCUUUUCUGUUUUUCCUUUCUGUUCUCUUCACAACCAACAACCUAAUUUGCCAAUUGAGAAUUACGAUAUUUAUACAUAAUUCUCAGCUGCCGGAGCUAUAGCCCGGACAACUACAGCCAUGCACAUUGAAGAGAUUACCGACCAGCUUGAGGCGGCGAUGAACCAGUCAAACCUCAACGACCAGCAGCCGGCCACUGGCGCUGAGGCUACGGCUCCGUCUCUGCCGCCAGCUUUGGCUAUGGCAAAGGGAAAGACAGCAGAUGAGAUUCUGGCAGACUUGAACAAAUCGCCGUUGUUCAUGACGGAGAUGGAGGACAAUGACGACAUUGCCGCUUUGCAAGCCCUCAACUACGAGGGAACAGCCUCGGAAAACGGCGCUGAUUUCAAGGAGCGAGGAAACGAGUGCUUCAAGGUCCGAGGUUACGUAGAUGCUAGGGAGUUCUACACAAAAGGCAUCAACAUCCUUUUCAUAGAACACAGGAAACGAGCACGUGGCGAAAUCACCAAAGACCCAGAGGGAGUACCAGAUACUGAAGAGGAAAUUAAGGAGCAAAAGACUAUGCUGGAGUCUCUCUAUGUCAACAGAGCCGCUUGUAACUUGGAGCUGGACAACUACCGUGCCUGCUGGCUCGACUGCACAGCCGCGCUUCGCCUCAACCCCGUCAACAUCAAAGCAUACUACCGCGCAUCCAAGGCCCUUCUUGCCGUCGACCGCAUUGAAGAGGCUGAUGACAUGUGCGCGCGUGGUCUCGCGCUCGAUACUGAGAACAAGGGCUUGAAGACGGUGGCCGAGUCCAUCAUCAAGCGCGCCAAGGUCCUUGACGACAAGAAGAAGAAGGAAGAGGAGCGACGCCUCACGACUAAGCGCCGCGAGAUGCUGGUCCAAACUGCGCUCAAAGCCCGCAACAUCCCUACCCGCUCAACAGAGAAGCCGCCCGAGAUGGAGGACGCAAAGAUCAUGCUUCUCCCUGAUGAGGACGACCCUCGCAGCCGGCUUACGUUCCCUACCGUCUUGCUGUACCCCAACGACCUCAAGUCGGACUUUAUCAAGUCCUUUGAGGAGACACACACCGUCGAGGACCAUUUGAGUUAUGUGUUCCCCUUGCCUUGGGACAAGAACGGCGCCUACAAUCUUGCCGGUGUGACAUGUUAUGUCGAGACCAAGGACGGUGGACUCUUGAAGAUGGGCAAGAAGGCGACGCUGCUGAAAGUUCUGAGCACAGGCAAGGUCGAGAUUGUCGACCAAGUUAUGAAGAUUUUCGUGUUGCCGACAAGUCAAGCCGACGCAUGGAUUGUCAAGUUUAAGGAGCAAAAAGCCAAGGAAAUGGCGGUACGAAAGUAGACUGGGGGUAUGUUAAUGAUUCAAUGAAAUAAAACAAAAUUCAAAACAAUGCUUUUCUAUAGUAAC